AAAUCAAGAUAAUCAUAUACAUUAUCCUUUCUUUUUUGAUGGCUUCCAAGACGUCCAUUCUCUGCCUUCUCUUCUUCCUCCUUUCUCUGCUCCAACUCCACCGCUCCACUGCGCAAACCGUGGUGAAAGGGGCCUACUGGUUUCCAGCCAGCGGAUUCCCUGCCUCCAGUAUCAAUUCCACUCUUUUCACUCAUCUUUUCUGUGCAUUUGCGGAUCUCGAUCCCAGCACCAACAAAGUCACGAUUUCCUCCGAAAACGCAAAUGCAUUCUCCACCUUCACCACCACUGUCCAACAAAAAAACCCUUCUGUCAGAACCCUUCUUUCCAUCGGUGGAGGAAGCUCUAAUAAGACCCAGUACUCCUCCAUGGCCAGCCAAGCUAGUUCACGUAAAGCUUUCAUCGAUUCCUCCAUAACUGUAGCAAGGUCCAAUGGCUUUUCUGGUCUAGACCUCGACUGGGAGUACCCUACCACCACCACCGAUAUGACCAACUUCGGAACCCUCCUCACUGAAUGGCGAGCUGCAGUUGCUAAUGAGUCCAAAAACUCCGGCAAGCCUGCAUUACUUCAAACCGCAGCAGUUUAUUAUGCACCAAAAAUCGAGGGAUUGAGCUAUCCUGUUAGCUCAAUUUCAGCGAGUUUGGACUGGAUCAACGCUAUGGCCUACGACUUCUAUGGCCCCGGUUGGUCUCAGGUAACCCGUUUGCCGGCUCAAUUGUACGAUCCGGGGAGUCAAUAUAAUGGCAAUUAUGGGAUCGUAAAUUGGAUUCAGGCAGGUCUGUCCGCCAAGAAGAUAGUACUGGGCUUUCCCUUCUAUGGGUAUGCAUGGAGACUGGUGAAUGCUAAUAAUCAUGGUCUUUUCGCUGCCACGAGCGGAGCAGCUACGGCGGGAGAUGGUUCGAUGGGUUACAACCAGAUCAGGCAGGCCAUAGCGAAUGGAGCUACGAAAGUGUACAACUCAACCUAUGUGGGGGACUACUGCUAUGUUAAUACAACUUGGAUAGGUUAUGAUGAUACGCCAAGUAUUUCCACCAAGGUUUCGUAUGCUAAGGGAAAGGGGUUACUCGGUUACUUCGCAUGGCACGUUGGAGUGGAUUACAACUGGGUCCUUUCUCAAACUGCAUCACAGACGUGGGGCUCAUAAGCUUGAAGCAUGGGAUCCAAGAAAUGCGGAAGUAUGAGAUUAUUCAAAUUGAAACAAUAAUAACAAAAACAACUUUAUGAAAUGUUUUGUACUAUGUAGCAUGAUAAAUAAGGAAUAAUCUCAUUAAUUUCUACUGAUAUUUGGA